CAGGCUGAUAGGCCAACAAUCAAGAUACAUUCGUUGGCCGAUAAACAUCGGUAUUCCUGUGUUAGGCAAGAGUGAUUUUAAGCUUACAAAGAAAAAAAGCAAUCUUACAAAGUGACAUCAUGUCUAAAAUCUUCGUUGUCUGUGCUGUGGUUUUCUUGGCCAGCCUGAACUGGACCAGUGCACUUCCAGUUAAGGACCAGGAUGUUGAGGAUUUGAUGUACAAACUGCAACAACUGAAACAGUUGAACGAUGCUUUUCCGAAUACUCAAUCAAAUCUGAAGAAUCAAUAUGGUGAAAAAGAAGUAAGCUCGCCAAAACCUAAACGCUCAUUGAAUAACUCAGACCGUCGCACAUUGCUAUACAACUAUUAUGCACGUGGAUUGGCUCCGAUGUAUGAUAAGCGUAAUUUUGAUGAAAUCGAUAGAUACUCAAAGUUUAGCGGUAAAAGAAACAUUGACUUUAUGGAUCAAUUUGAUAAAGUAAGUCAAGUUAAGCGUAACUUUGAUGAAAUUGAUCGAUGGGCUGGCUUCAACUCACGGCUGAAUCAUGACAGAAAUAUGGUGGACUACGUGAAACGAAACUUCGAUGAGAUUGAUCGGUACGGAAAAUUUAACAAACGUCCUUUUCGAGAAGUUGAAGAAUUAGGGGGACCUGUUAAGCAAGCUAGCAGCCUGGGUGAUGAAAUGGCCGUUAUCAAUGAAUAUUCGCAGUAAAAGAUAAUUUUGAUAUGUUGAUCAAAAAGUUAAAAAAAGGAAAUGGCAAGAAAUACAUUCAUAGACGCAAAUACGUCUUUGUAAGGAGAGACGUAAUACAAUCAAUUAGGCUACUGUUUCAAGUAACAUCAGCUAGGACUCCAUUUCAGAAGUAAAUUACUGUGCAAGACUAUUGUACUUUACAGGUAAAUUAUAUCCACUGGAUGAAUUAAACAAGAUAGUUUAGAGAUUGUUUAUGCUAGAAUUCAAAGAAGGUUACUUCUUCUGUAAACUAAACAAAUUAAUAAAAUGAGUAAAUUAAACACAA